AUGGUUUCUAGCAUACAAGGCACCGCCCUGGGCGCGGCAAUCCGACGUAUCACCAAGAACAAGCUGUUAAAGUACCCCGAGGAACAAGACAACUUCAAACUCCCCGCCGAGUGGCUCCGGCUCCUCGACGGCAACGUCACCCGCGGACGAAAUUCCGAUGACGGCCUCACCAGGGAAAAGACGGCCGAGGCGCGCGCGGGGUCUGUAGGCUCCGAGAGCAGCACCGUGUCGGACGACGAGGAGGCUCAGGCGGCCGCGAGCAGCUCGGCCGCGAUGCAGAGGGUGCAGUCCAUACCCAUCGUGCCCAUGACGACGAGGUCGGGCGACAUCCUCGUCGACUGGUACACGACGGACGAUGCCGAGAACCCCCUGAACUGGAGCAGGACGCGAAAGGCCAUGGUCACGGCCAUCCUGUGCAUCUACACCUUUGUCGUCUACAUGUCCUCGGCCAUCUACACCACGUCUGAGCACGGGGUCAUGGAGGAGUUUGGAGUCGACUCGGUCCAGGCCGGGCUCGGCCUGGCCCUGUUCGUGCUCGGGUACGGCGUGGGCCCCUCGAUCCUGAGCCCGCUGUCGGAGCUGCCCUCGGUCGGCCGCAACCCGCCCUACGUCGCCAGCAUGUUCAUCUUCGUCAUCGUCUCCAUCCCCGCGGCGCUCGUCACCAACUACCCGGGCCUGAUGGUGCUCCGCUUCCUGCAGGGCUUCUUCGGGUCGCCGUGUCUGGCCUCGGGCGGCGCCUCCAUCAUGGACAUGUACGGCUCCGAGCUCGACCUGCCCUACCCCAUGAUGGUGUGGACCGUCUCGGCCUUUUGCGGCCCGGCCCUGGGCCCUCUGCUCUCGGGCUUCAGCGUCCCCGUCCUGGGCUGGCGCUGGUCCCUGCUCGAGAUCCUCUUCGCCUCGGUCCCCGUCUUCCUCGUCAUGUUUGCCUUUCUGCCCGAGACGUCGAGCGACAACAUCCUGCUCCGCCGCGCCCGGAGGCUCCGCGCCCUCACAAGGUCGGACCGCUUCCGGUCCAAGGCCGAGAUCGAGCAAAAGGAGAUGACCUUUGGCGCCAUCCUCGCCGACGCCCUCGUCAAGCCCAUCGAGAUCAGCGUCAAGGAUCCCGCCGUGGCCUUUGUCCAGAUCUACACGGCCAUCAUCUACGGCAUCUACUACUCCUUCUUCGAGGUGUUCCCGCUCGUCUUCCCCGUCUACUACGGCAUGAGCGCGGGCCAGGUCGGCAUAGUCUUCCUCUGCAUGCUCGUGGCCGCCGGCCUGGGCAUGACCGCCUACGGCUCCUACCUGGCCUUUUACAUGCACCCGCGCAUCCGCGCCCGCGGCCACCCGGCGCACGAGACACGCCUGGUCCCGGCCCUGGCCGCCGCCUUCGGCCCCACCGUGGGCCUCUUCAUCUUUGCCUGGACGGCCCGCCCCGACCUGCACUGGAUCGCCCCCACCGUCGGCAUCACCCUGUACGGCGCCUCGGGCUUCGUCGUCAUGCAGUGCCUCUUCUGCUACAUCCCGCUGUCCUACCCGCGCUACGCCGCGAGCCUGUUCGCCGCAAACGACCUCUGCCGCUCCGCCCUGGCCUUUGCCAGCGUCCUGUUUGCCAGGCCGCUCUUUGCCAACCUCGGCGUCGCCCGCGGCGUCACCCUCCUCGCCGGCCUGAGCGUCCUCGGCAUCGUUGGCAUGUGGGCCCUGUGGAAGUUCGGUGCCCGCCUGAGGGCCAUGAGCAAGUUUGCCGUGUCGGAAUCCGAUGAGAUUGUCGCUGCCGAGCAGGAGAAGCAGUGA